AUGACAAUAAAGUCCCCGAACUCCCCAGUGUCCGCAGACCUGAGCAAUGUCGACAUAAGUCACCACCGCAAGGAAACCACUAUGACCGACCCCGAACCCUCCUCUCCACCCGCUGCUGUCGCGGACAACGAAAAACGCAACAAUGAGGGGAACCCCCCGCAGGACAACUGCUCGCCGGUAUCGUCAAUAACCGGCGCUGGACGUCGCCGCCAACAGCUGCUGGCAGCUCUCAAGGCGACAGACCGGACAAUCGACCGGUUCGAUAGACUCAUAUCCACCGCCGCCGGCCAAGAACGAGUCCUCGCAGUAACAGGCUACCUCGCACACACACUACACCACAUUCUCUCCUCAGCACCAUGGAUCGCAUUCCAAGCGCGUCUCAGCCUGCUCGCUCGUCUACGCAACAACCCUAAACCUCCCACCAACACUACCACAUCCUCCUCCAAAUCACCCCUCCUCGCCCUCUCCUCCCUCAUGUCCGAAACCCGCUUCACCCUGCGCCUCCUCGGCCUCUUCCCCCUCUGGACAUGGGGCUCUCAGACCCUGAAACACCCACCGGCAGAUAAACCCCUCUACAUCCUGACAUUGCUGCAGGUGUUCGUGAACGUCAUCUACCAGGCGCUCGAGAACGUGGGAUAUCUUGCGCAGAAGGGGAUCGUGUCGAAGCGGUUUGUGGAUCGGUGGGGUGGGAUUGAUAAGUGGUAUAUUUGGAGUACGAGGGCGUGGUUUGGACAUAUUUUCUUUCAGUUCUUUGUGCUUUGGAGGGGGACUGUGUUGAGGAGGAGGAAACAGAUGGAGGUGGAGAAGGGGGAGGGUGGAGUUGUGGGGAAGGAGGAGAAGAGGGAGGCGUUGAGGAAGGAGAUUCGGGCGUGGAGGAAGAGUCUCGUUAAUAAUCUUUGUUGGGCGCCGUUGUGUCUUCAUUGGUGCUUUGAGAAGGGUAUUGGGUUCCCCGAGCAUUUGACCGGGUUGGUUAGUUUCAUGGCGGGGGCUUGGGAGGUUUGGGAUUCUUGGGUCGCUACGGGGUUGUAG